GUUUGGGUACACAACUAUACGAAGGUGAUUCCUCCGAUUCAUCGCCCUAUCCGUCGGGCCUUACGACGACCACACCAUCUCAACAAAGGUUAGGAGACAAAGUGGUGAGAGUUAAGGUGGCUAGGCUUUUUGGCGGUGGUGAUUCGACGGGGAAGAGGGCAAUGAGUAAAGCUAGUUUGGGAGAAAGGAGGACAAUGAAAAAGGCUAGGUCAAUGGUGGCAAUAGAUGUCGGCAAAGUUGGUGAGAGAGGACGGUGUGGCCGGUAG